CUUAUUAAAGAAUCUCUAGCAGAAACGAUUCAGCAGAGUGGUGUAAACAUGUGAUGAUGUGCUUGUGAUAAUUUUCCAGGCUGUUCAGUGUGAGACGUGUAGAGUACGAUAGAACACGGUAGAACAAUCUAGAUGCAUCGCGAAAAUGCUCGGUAUAAUCGUGGCUGGGCGACUUGUUCAAACUGAUUUCCAACAAGUUGGAGAGAAUCAAUUUUUAAUUACUGUGCCAGAUGCCGACAAUAUAAAUCAUAUAGUAGUCUUUCUCACUGGCACUAUACCUUUUCCAGAUGGCAUGGGAGGUGCAGUAUAUUUCAGUUGGCCAGAUGCAAGUGCUCCACCCAACUGGCAAUUUCUUGGAUAUAUUUCCAAUGCUAAACCGUCAGCCAUUUUCAAAAUAUCGAAUCUGAAGAAAAAUCAUGAGUUCGAGAAUAGCAAUGUGGGAAUUUUCGGGAUCGGUAAAAUCUCGCACGUCGCGCAGAUUGGCGUAUCAAUGGAACCGCUUGCGAUAAUCGAGCAGCAGGCAGCUACGGUCGCUGCAACCACCACCAACAAAAAUGCAGAAUUCGUACAGAAAAUGCUGACGAAUUUUGUGAAUUAUGUGACGAGUUUCACAGUGACGCAAGCACAAAUGACGCCAAAUCCCACAGAAAACUUUGUACCCUUAUCCACAUUACAAAACUGGUACGAAACUUUCGAGAGGCGAUUACAGCAGAAUCCGAAUUUUUGGAAGUCGUGAUGGAGAUUGCGUGUAAUAAAAUUUUAGACCCUUUGUCAAUAUAUACAUAUAUAUAUAUAUAUAUAGGUACACACACACACACACACAAAUAUUCCAAAAUUUUCCAAUAAUGAUCAAGCAUGACUCUAGUGUUUCAAUAUUGUUGUAAAACAUACUGAAUUAUUAGUAUGAAUAAAAGUGAAUUUGUCACUUUUA